AGUCGUACGAAAACACAAUUACGCUUGCUGGCAACGGAAGCGGCACGCGAUAAAAAUUUCAAUUUCAUUUGCGAGAAAAAUAUAUACUUUUUUCGCAUUCAGUUUUCAAGGCAACGAUGAAGUGCUUACAUCUAAUAUUCGCAUUGCUGCUCAGCUUCAGAUAUGAGCUGUCGCUGGCCAAAAGCUACUCUACGGAGUACAUUGAUCUGCUGGAUCUGGACGACAAUGAAGAGUUCGUGUGGGGUGCCGCAGAGAAUAGGCAAUACAACCGGACUAAUGCUAGUAAUGAUAAUGACAAUGCCGGCAUAUCCAAUUUCUUAGCACGUCAUCGUUUAAGCAAGCGACAGGCACCAGCUGAAAGUGCUUCCCCAAUACUGGAAAACAAGGAUUUUGGUGCCUGUCGCACGUCGCUAGGCGAAACCGGUCGCUGUCGGCACAUAAUUUACUGCCGCAUGCCGGAGCUGAAGGAUGAUGUCUGGCGUUUGGUCUCCCAGUUGUGCGUUAUUGAGAAAAGUACUAUUGGUAUUUGCUGUACGGAUCAGUCGACUGCGUCACGUUUUAGUCCACAGAUUGCGAGCAGCUCCGCUGAUGACGAACCGCGCAUUAUCAAUCGUCCAGAGAGCAGGGGAUGCGGCAUUACCACACGGCAAUUCCCUAGAAUAAGUGGCGGACGUCCAGCGGAGUCCGAUGAAUGGCCCUGGAUGGUGGCGUUGCUUCGCCAGGGCUAUACCUACGUCUGGUGCGGCGGUGUGCUCAUUACAGAUCGUCAUGUGUUAACGGCGGCCCAUUGCCUGUACAAGUGUCCCAAGGAGGACAUAUUUGUACGACUGGGCGAGUACAAUACGCAUCAAUUGAAUGAGACGCGCGCGCGCGACUUUCGCAUUGGUAACAUGGUGCUCCAUAUCGACUAUAAUCCAACAACAUACGAAAACGAUAUUGCCAUCAUACGCAUCGAGCGGCCGACACUGUUCAAUACAUACAUAUGGCCAAUAUGCAUGCCGCCGCUAAACGAAGAUUGGACAGGACGCAAUGGCAUUGUCAUGGGCUGGGGUACACUCGAUUUUAAUGGUCCACACUCCAAGAUACUCAUGGAGGCAAGUUUGCCGAUAUGGAAGCAAUCGGAUUGCCAAGCGGCCAUUGUGGAUCAUAUACCGGAUACGGCCCUUUGCGCUGGACUGCCAGAGGGUGGCCUAGAUAGCUGUCAGGGUGAUAGCGGUGGUCCGUUGCUCGUGCAGUUGCCAAAUCAGCGCUGGGUCACCAUUGGUAUUGUCUCCUGGGGCUUGCGCUGUGGCGAACCGAAGCAUCCAGGCAUCUACACGCGCGUUGAUCGCUAUCUGGAGUGGGUCAUAGCCAAUGCGGAUAUAUAAGAUGAGCAUAUAUUAAAA